AUGUUAUCUAGUUACAAAGGGACGAGGAACAGCAAGAUUGCAAAAUGCUACCCGCUUCCUGAUGUUGCACAGGUUGUGAUAGAUCCUGAUACUCAACGAAGAUACUUUCGAGGAAGACUGCUUGGCAAGGUUUGUAGAGAAUACAAAAUGUUUAAUUGCUACAUUUAAAUAUCUUAUAUGAUGUUACAAUUAUAAUGCAGCAUGCAUUCAUAAAAUUUGGACUUCAUUCUAAAUCUCUAUAUAUAUGUAUAUUGCAGUUGUGUUAAUUUGAUGUAUAACAAUUGCGCCCUUUCUACUUACAUUUAUUCUCAGGGUGGGUUUGCAAGAUGUUACGAAGUAACGGAUAUGAAAACCAAUCAAGGCUAUGCAUGCAAAGUAGUUGCAAAAGCGAGAAUAGCUAAACCACACCAGAGGAAAAAGGUAAAAAUAUCUUAAAUUCUGUUAAGUCUAGGCUCGAGUUGACCUACCAAAGCCAAGCUUCAAAUGUAGUAGGAUUUUAUCCAGAACGUGCUUUUCAAUUUAACUUAGGCAUAAAUGUGUAAACGUUUGCAGGACAAUUGAAGGACGAUUAAUACUGGAACUGCAUGUUAGUACUUUAGUAGUGUUAGUACUUUAGUAUUGUUAGUAGUAUAGUCUGCUAUAGAUCUCGACUUAUAGAUAUGAUAAAGAAUUAUAUUUAUAUUCUCAUGCCGUAGUUUUUUCUUGUGGUUAAUAUGUAGACCAUAUGUAACGGCUAUAAUUAAUUAACUUUUUAAUGAUUUGUAUAAAUAUAUAAUUUGCUCGACAGUCAUCGUAAAAAUAGUAAAUCCUUUAGGUUCAUUUUGGAUAUACAUUUUCUACACUUUUGUAUAUAGCGCAUGAAAGAUUCCUGGCUUACUCAUAUGAACUAUGCAUAUAGUUAUACUGUAGUUUACUCAAGUAUUUAACUACAUAUAGAUUGUCAACGAGAUUGAAAUCCACAGAUCAUUGAACUAUCCCUAUGUGGUUGGUUUCCAUGGCUUUUUCGAAGACGACAAAAACGUUUAUAUUUUGUUGGAACUCUGUAGUCGCAAGGUAAGCUUCUUGAGCAGAAAAAUGUUUUGAAUAGCUUCUAAUUCACCUGUUCUUCUAUAUAAUCGUCACGCCCAAAGCUUGACAUUAUCUUUUAUUUGAUUAUAGAACAAUUAUAGAACUGAAAACUUAAGUAUACUUUGGGACUUUUGCGCAUGUACUAUGAAACUCGAAAUAAAACACAAUUUAAACUUUCACUUGAAUGUAAGCAGUUUAAACUAAACUCAAGUAGGUAAAUUAUUAUCUGACACCGCCUUGUGACUAAUUGGUACCUGCAAUUUUUGUGUUUGAAUUAUAAACAAAUGAAUGAUAAUUUUCCCGGUAUGUGGAUUAUGUCCACAUAAGUUCUACAUGUUACCUAAACAAAUUUACACGAUAAUUGUUGCGGUUUAUGAUCAAAGUUUGCCGCCAAAUUUAUCCGAAGCAAAAUAACGAUGUGGUCUGAUCCAAAGAAAAUAUUAUGUCUGCCCCUCCCGUUAAUAAAUAAAUAUAUAUCAAGGAACAAAUAGCCCAUAACUGCAGGUACUAACAACUUUUGAAAACAAGCUUUGCACGAAAAUGGAUAAAAACUGGAAAGUCGACAAGAAGAUUAUUGCCCCUCCCGCCUCAAUUAGGGGGCAAAAAGAAAUUUGUCCAACUUUUUUUGCAUUCUGCCCGACUUAUGAAAAAACCUUUUCCGUGUAAAAUUCCAAAUAUUCUUCUACAAUUUCCAAUGCGUUUAACAUUAUACAUAUUUCUCGCAUUAUCGACUAAUCACUAUUAUCUUGCGACAUAUUUAUUGCUUUCAAAUUUAUUUCCCGCAUCCUUUUUACAACUUACGUUUAUAAUUUUCCCAACAACAAUUUUAUUGGGAGGAUGCAGCACCCAUGCCCCCCCCCCCUUCUGCCUCGUACGCUUAUAGUGUAAAAAGGAUGCAAAAGCGGGCAGUCGGCUCAAUUCCCCCCCCCCCGAACAUUAGCGAGCUUAAGCAUCUAGGACGGGAACACGACGGCGACGGCAAACAAAUUCGUUGAACCAAACGAUUGCAGAAGAAAACCUGUCGUCUAUUAUCCAUCGUAUAAAAAUAAUACUUUUUAAGGAUCAAAAUUAACACUGGGUUUAUGACUGAGAAAAGUUCUAGGACCCAAUUUAAAAUAGCAGUUGUCCCAGCUUGAAAUGUAAGCGUUGUAUAUACAAGACGUGAUAAUCUGUAUUUCGCCGUUGCAAAACAGAGCUACGGCGACGUCUAAAACGUCCGUGAAAUUUUCAAUUAGUAAUUUUUGCUCGUUUUCUUGCAUUCACAUGAUAUUAUUGGCCGUUCUCAUUCAACUUUUGUUCUGCUUUGUUGAAGUUCUUAAUAACGGUGGUUCUUUAUAAUAUAAAAGUGUAAAAUUUAAGGCAGUUUCUUGACACGUCCCCGUACUAGAUUAAGCUUCGCUUAAGUUCGCUAUUAUAUACAUGGUAGGAGGGGGAUGCAAAGUGGGAAUGACACAUAACACCAACUUGCAUUUAGAAAAUUAUACGGUUUCUAAGUAGAUGAUAUUCUGUAUAAAGACGUCCUUGGUUGGGAUAAUUAAUUAAUUUGGUUGGUGCAUUUUCUAAUGUAAACUUUUGAUAAAUAUCAGGAGUAAGCAAUGCAUAUCAGCAGUUUACACAUCACGUUUGAGGGCAUGCGCAAUGGGAAACGGCAAAAUUGGCAAUGGGGAGGAAAAGUUUCAUUUCCCUAUACCUGCUCAUCGUGCAUUUCUAUUAUUCUUAUUACAACACAAUCGCUUUAAUACGUUAUAGUUAUAGUUACAGUUACAAGGUAACCGAUUCCAACUAAAGUCUAACUAAAUUAUAACGUAACCGAGUCCGAGACUAAAAACACUCUGGUCAAAAUUUCCUGGGGCCAGUUGUACGAAGGCCGGAUACAGCGCUAUGUCCAGCGGAUAGUGAUUUUUUCAAACUUUUUAAAUCAGUCGUUGAUUAGUAUAACUCGUAUUAAAAUUUAUGGUAUUUAUAAGUUAAAUGUUUUUUAAACUUCUUAUGUCGUCUAUAUCCGUAGUUUCAAAGUUUUUCAAGCAUUUCUGCAAAGGUUGGAAAAUCACUAUCCUGUGAUAACGCUAUCUGGCCUUCGUACAACCGGCCUCUGGUUAACUUACUAAAUAGAAAUAAUCCUAUAUUUCAGUUACUUAAUUGUCCUGGUUAAAUUUCCUGGUUAUUUUAGCCUUUUCCUACUACAGUCUAGUUAAUAUGCUGAUUAAAUUAACCAACUAUGUUAGGUGGAUAAAUAAGUUCCAAGGGUGGGUUGACUACAAAAUUUUUGUAGUUCGCUAUAAGUACAGCUACUUCAAAAAUAUGUAGUCAGCUGCAACUACUGCUACUUUUGAAGAAAAGUAGUUCGCUACUGACUACAGCUACUGCUUAAAAAAUGUAGCGAACUAUUUCGCUAUUUCGCUACUCUACAUUUUUUUAGUUUUACGGUACUUGGAGCAUCCACUAGCUCAGGCUGUAAUAUAACCUAUAACAAAUCGACUUACGAGUAGCAACAGUAAACAAAAAGAGUCAAAGGAACAUUUUUGUAAGCACUACAGUGUUCAGGAGUGCCACUUUUCAUUGCGCUAAAAUAAUCUUUACUGUAUAAAAUAAUCUUUUAAGCUAACCGUGUCUUAAUAUCAUUCUAUUCUAUGAACGGUUGCUAACAAUUUUAAAAAGUAGCGAAUAGCGAUUCGCUGUUUGAAAAGUAGUCAACUACUUGGCUACUUUUAGGCAAAAUGUAGUUCGCUAUAACUACAACUACUGUUUUAAAAAAGUAGUCAAAAAUUACUGGCUACUUGAAAAUUGUAGUUCGCUACAGUAGUGAACUACAACUACUUCGCUACUACCCACCCUUGUAAAUAACCAGGGGACCAUAUUUAGUUAUCCACCCUGCAUAGUCUGGUUAUUUUAACAAGGACGGCGUGGUCAAAUAUAACCAGAUUCCUGGUUACAUUAGCCAGACUAUGGUAGGAAGUGAGAUAAAAUAGCCAGCAAAUUCAACCAGGAAUAUUAAGUUAACCGAAAUGAGUGUUUUCUCCAAGUUUUCUCCAAGUAUAUAUAUAGCGGAUAUUAUACGGCGGCGCGAAGAUCACUUUUAUUUUCGAGUGGUGAAAACAAUAUUUUACGAACGAGCGCAGCGAGUGAGUAAAAUAUUGUUUUUAACACGAGAAGAUAAAAGUCAUAUCUUCAAGCCACCGUGUAAUGUUCUGUUUAUUAUAUAGUUCCAAGCAGAAAAUUGUGAAAUUUCACGCUCAAAAGCAAAUUGGAAAAAGUCACGUGAUCGAUAUCUUCACUAGUGACGAUAUGGAAAAUAUUUCACUGUGUAUUUUUCAGUAUCUCACUCUCUACUAUAAUUAUAAUAAAUAGAGGAUAUUAGACGGUUGCGAAGAGAUAUGGAUUUUAUGUUCGAGUGUCAAAAACAAUAUCUCACUCGUUCGCUGCACUCAAAUUGUUGUGCUCGCGACUCCCGCGGAUAUCCAGAAUAUUUCCGGUUUAGUGUACACUUCCGCUCAAAAAAUAUGCACCGGAAAGGCACCGGAACAAAGCUAUGAUUGUCGAAAAUGCUAAUUUAAAUCAAUUUCGUACGAAAUGAAAGAAAAUAUCAACUUCUGAAAACUUCGUACUCAAGACAACGAGUUUUGCAAAAAAAUUCGUACUCAGAUUGGCGCCGGCUACGAGUUUCUCGCGUCAGUACGAGUUGGCGUGAGCGCACAACGAGCGUUUCGCGUAAAAAUGACAAAUUUCGUACUCGUAGUCGUACUCGUACUCCUUGCUAAAACUCUAUUGUUUUUGCCACUCGAACAUAAAAUCCAUAUCUCUUCGCAACCGUCUAAUAUCCUCUAUGUAUACAUCUAAUAGACGUACAACAUGCAUGGAGUCAAAUCGUUCUUCAUGCCUUCUUUGCCUAUCCUGUUGUGUUUACUCCGCUGGACAGAAUAUUAAUAUUUGGCAUUAAUGGAACUAACAUGCAGUAUACUACUUUACCAUAUUUUUAGUCUCUGGUUCAACUGCUGAAACAACGGAAAUCACUGUUGGAACCAGAGGUCCGCUACUUCAUGAGACAAGCCAUUAAAGCUUGCAGUUAUCUACAUUCUCAAAAUAUUAUUCACCGUGACAUCAAGUUAGGAAAUUUCUUCAUAAAUAAUGAUAUGCAGUUAAAACUUGGUGAUUUUGGACUGGCUUGUCGUGUUGGAGCUUCUACUCACGAUGAUAUGUAAGUUGUACAAUAAACUUAAGGCCCAUUUGCACGAUACGACUAGUCGUAUACGAUUGUCAUCCCUGCGUAUGAAAACGACUACUGGCGCCACUAUUCCUGUUCAUCAGUUUACAAGGGCGAAAUUUGUAAUGUGGCGUCUUCCCACGCAUUUAUUCCAGUACAUACGCCAUUAUAAGAAUCGUAUACGACUAGUCGUAUCGUGCAAAUGGGCCCUAAAAGGACUUUUCUUUAAAAUAUUUUUAUCUUAAUAGAAAGCAUAUCAUAUUUUAUCAAAAUUAACUGCCCACCGGGCACACGACGUUGUUUCAACGUUGAAAUUUGGUAGAAAAAAGGUUGCGACGUCGACAACCUAAUAUCUACGUUGCUCUGACGUUGUUUUACAAACAUUGGUUCAACAGCAGGCAACAGACGUUAAAUUAACGUUCAUUAAUGGUUAAAUGUACGACGUCGAUUUGUGAACCAAUCUCAAUGUUGUUUUAACGUGGAUUCAACGUUGAAUUAUGGUUGACGAGAUUGGCAACCUAAUUUCAACGUUGUUUCAACGUCUAAACAGUAACGUCGAUCCAAUUUACAUAGUCAACCCUUUUUCAACGUCUAUCCAACGUCUGGAAGGUCAUUUCCAACGUUGAUUCAACGUUGGAUAAACGUCAUUUUGCCCGCUGGGUGUUUAGUAAAAAAAUGGUGGGAAAAUAUUGAACAUUUACCAAAAGGUAGUUUGACACCAAAAAUGUGUAAUUCCUAAAUUUCAUGAAAAAUUGCAAUUUCAGGACCGUUUGUGGUACACCUAAUUACAUUGCCCCCGAGGUGUUGAAGAAAGGUCGUCAUGGUUACGAGGUGGACACGUGGGCACUGGGUUGUGUAAUGUAAGUAUCACCAGCAAUUAUUUUCCGACAAAAAUGUAAAGUUAAUUGAUUGCGUGACCAUUUUGACAAAUUCAGGAGCUUUAUCAAGAGCUUUAUAUUCAAAUCUAAAGCAAACUAGCGUAAAUUAAUGGUCUGAGGUAAAGCCAUUAUAGAUUUCUGCAAGCCAAUGAACGCUUCCGGAAAGUACAUCACCUUGGUUAUAGAGCCACGUUUUCGUGUUUGCGACGUUAGGCUUUAAUAAAUGUCAUAUACUCGAAAACGAGGCUCUAUAGCCAAAGUCAGACGUACUAUCCGCAAUGGUGCAUUCACAAGUCGCUAAGGACGUUUAUCAUUUAAGAUCUUUAAGUGCCUAUGACACGAAAUUUCACCCCAAAUGUUUAUGAUUGCAUUGUAAGAUCACUUAAAAUGACUUAAUAAUUUCUUUUAUUGAAUUUUGGUAACUUGCUCCUUUUUUAAGAUAUUCAACUUUGUUUCAUAUGCAAAUAUCACCAGUGUGACAUAUCACAUCACAUAAUGAGUUUUCAGAAAAGUAUAAUUUUCUUGACGAAUACGUAUCUAAAAAACUUUAAAAUUGCCCUUGUAUAUGUAUUAAUUUCAUAACUAGCAAGUAACCCUCUGUGCUUGUUUGUAAAAAUAUUUUAUCAAGGUAAAAUAUUGCGUUUUUAAAAUGUCAUUAUGCGAUGUGAUGUCACACCGGUGAUAUUUGCAUAUGAAACAAAGUUGAAUAUCUUGCAAAGGAGACAAGUUACCAAAAUUCUAUAAAAGAAAUUAUAAAGUCAUUUUAAGUGAUCUUUACAAUGCAAUCAUAAACAUUUGGGGUGAAAUUUCGUGUCAUACGCACUUUAACGUAAUAGUAAUAUAUAGAUGAUUGACGAUCUAUAUGUGAGAGGAUCGCUCUAUCUACAAGAGCAUGACUACAACUCAACAUGAAUACAUUUGUCUGCUUUAUAUCACGUUGUAAUUCGUUUUCUUAGGUAUACUCUUCUGGUUGGUCGACCACCUUUUGAGACAAUGUCUCUGAAAGAAACUUACACUCGCAUCAAAACUAACCAGUAUGUCAUCCCAUCAAGAAUUUCAAGAUCUGCAGCGAAAUUGAUACAGAAAUUCCUUAGUAAUAAUCCACAAAGCAGACCAUGUCUUCACACAGUUUGUGAAACCGACGAAUUCUUCGUGAAAGGUUUUGUUCCUAGUUCAUUACCAUCAUCAUGUUGUAUGGUGCCACCAAGGUUUACCGCUCUACACAGAUCAUCUUCCACUUCUGAACAGAAAGGGACUAUAAAACCAACUUCUGAUAAGAUAAACUAUGUUCUCACAAAACUACAGUUAAAUGAUGAAAAUACAAAUGAUAGGUCAAAAUGGAUUGACAAGGAAACAAAAAGUUCAUGCAGUUCUAGCCCGACGCAAGGUAAGGCCGUAAGGUAGUUGGGUAUUCAGUUGGAUUAUAGUCGUAAAUACACCUGGCUCAAAAACUUGUACAAAAUAUUCCAACGCUGAUAUCAUAAAAGUCUAACUCCCCGACUAUUUAAAGGGCUUUACAAUCGAAACGUCCAAGUUCUGCUGAUAUUUAAUAGAUCAGUUGUAUCUCUCUCAAUAGACAAAUUUGGCUAACGUUGUUUGCAUCGUUGCCACCCAACUAGCAAUUACAGCUUUUAAUUUCUGCGUGCAGGGGACGAUGGGAAGUAAGGUAUCACAUUGCUGAUUAUGCUAUCACUCCGUGUAAACACGGAGUGAUAGCUUAUACACAUGUAAAUAUUGAAAUAUUUCGGUUGCUUCGGUAGUUUUUAUUGAAAUUUUUCAGCAUAAUCAGCAAUAUGAUACCUUACUUCCCAUCAUCCCCUGCAGGCUUAAACUAAAAGCUGGAAUUGCCAAUUCACAGCUUUGCUCUUUAGAUAACUCACAGUCAUAAUUACUGUAGUUGUUGUCUUUUACAGAAACAUAGAAUUAGAAUCGAAGCACAGCAAAAUUGAGAAUUCUUACCUAGAAAAAAAAACAUGUAUAGGAGUUAUAAUCACUCAUGUAAAUAAUUCUGAAGCUUUCAUGGUUACCUUUGUUCUAUUCUAUGCUUCUGUGAACUAGAACAAUAGUAACUAGGGAUGUGAGUUAUCUAAGAAAGUUGUGAAUUUGGUAUAACAUGCAGAUGCUAACCAAAUUUGUCUAUCCGUUGUACGAAAGCCAAAAGACUACUAUUAAUACCCUCCAAUUUAAAUUAAGUUCACUAGUUUAUUCGCACUUUAUCAGAAAAGUAGUUCCUUGCCAACAUGCGCAAGAUCAUGUUCCUAAUUAUACUUAUAACAUUCGUUUUAUUCUGUAGAUCCAACAAUCCAUCUUGUUUCACCUGACGAUCUAUACCGCAAACUCUCGGCAUGUUUAACAUGCAUGCCAAAGGUCAGCGACAGCUCACCGUCAGUUGAUAUCUCGACAACUUCAACUGAAAGCACAAGACUUUCAAGUAUUUCAACAAAUGACGGAAGCUCAUCGGACACUUUAAGGAAACUUUAUGUAUGUAAAUGGGUCGAUUACAGCAAUAAAUAUGGAUUUGGUGCGGAGCUUUCCGAUGGAAGCGUUCUUGUAAGGUUUAACGAUGGAUCAAAAAUGACAUUGACACGCGACAGACAGUAAGUGAAAUAUUGUACAAAUUGCGUACAAAAUGUGAACAUGGUUUAACAUUUUUUAUACACUUAUAAAAAAAAUGACAGAAAUAUUAACUAACUAAUAUUUGUGGACCACGCGGGUAACGUUACCCGUAUUGGGUUUGUUGUUAAGGACGAAAUCAUUAUGUCAAUAAGUUUAGAUUGAAUCAUUAAUGAGAAUGAGAACAUGAAAAUUUUUUUUAUAUUUCUCAUGUUGCCGCAACUUCUGUGCCUGCAUAGACGGUUAUAUUUUCAAAAUAUGUUAGGAACAAACCUAAAAUAUUUUGAAUAGCCAAGGAACAUUUAAUUAUUGCCGUCUACAUACAGGCACAGACCCUGAGACCCUCAGUCCUAUAUGGGUGAUUCCCCUUCCCCACUCUCCGGCCUGUAAAUGGAAGGCUUUUGUUGGAUAUACUUUCUAAUAAAAAUCGUCAUUAGUCUAAAUAGAUGAAUUUCAGGAGGGGUACCUCAUAUAAUCCACUUUAGUAAGAAUCUUGUUUUCCAAGGAUACGAUUCGGGAAAACAGGUAUUUCUAUUUACGCACACGCUGCAGUCCACAAUAAUUUUGGCCAGGGGUAAGACUUUUUCAGAUUUUUUCAGUUUAAUAAAAAUAUCUUGUUACCUUCGGAACCAAUAAUAUAAGAUUAAUUGUUAUUAACGUGAUAAUUGGUGUUCAUCACUAUCAUUGAAAUAAAAGUACUUGCUUUUUCCAGGUUAGUUCGCUAUUGUGGCAAAGAGAAACAAAUUUGCUCUUUCCAUCCGGAAUCUGCACCAGAAAAACUGGGAAGAAAAGUGAUUCUUUUGGAAUAUUUUGCAACUUAUAUGGAAAAACAUCUCUUGAAGGUAACGUUACUUAUAAUCCAUUGUUAAAAGCUUAUUUACACCAUACGAUUAGUCAUGAUCAUAUAAGGUGAUUAUCAUUCUGGCGUAUAAAUUUACGAUGCCCCGAAUGCCAUGAUUGUUCCUAUGGCUAUGCAUCAGUUUAUUGCGAAUUAAUAGAAAUCGUUUUGGGUUCUUAUUCGAGUACUGAGUACAUGCAUGCACCAGGAUAAAGAAUCGUACACGACUAAUUGUAUCUUGUCAAUGAGCUUUAAGAAAAAAUCAUAUCUUUUCUCACAGUAUUCUGGUUUCAGAAUAUGCAUGCAUCCUAUAUCGAAUUUCGGAACUCCACUCUUCUGCCUUCUUCAGGGCCAGCAGUGAUCUAAAGUCGCAACAUGGAUUUUUUACAUGUUCUAAAAGAUGAAGUUUUCAACCACGUAGUUGCAGAUAUUCUCAUGCACGUUUGCAACCUUAAUCCACAUUCAAAGCGGAAAUCCUUUAAAUCUCCCGUGAUGAAGUUUCAUGACUGGAGUGUCCAAACGUUGGGUUGUUGAUGUAACAUUUUCUGGGUGUAAACAAACUUCAAAAAGAUUACUCAACUUUCUAAUCAAGAACAAGUUUGUUCAAUUACAUUUUUCAUUUUAGGGUACACGCCAAGAGAACACAUUAAGCACUUUAGACCGUGAAUCUACGCCUUUCUUGGCAAUCUGGGUUCGAACUCAGAAAGCAAUGGUAAUAUACUUGAGCAACGGAACUAUGCAGGUAUUAAUAACCACAUUUGUAGUUUAUUAUCACAGAUAUUUACAGAGGAUAGAAACAUUUGAAAGAUAAACAUUAGUAAGCAUUACCAAAUAUAUUUUUAUACAUUAACAUGCAGGGCCGCCGAGAGAAUUCGCGGGGCCGGGGGCAAAUCUUCUCUGGGGGCCCCAUGACAUCAUUAUUUUGCUAGACCCAACUAUAGACAUUAGCUAGACUGCAUGUGGAGAUACUGAAAGGGGCCCUCAAUUUCAAAAUUGCUGUGACCAAUUUAAAGAAACUACUCAAUUUCAGGCUCUCGCUCUCAAGUUGGGGCCCUAUUAAGGUGGGGGCCCGGGGCAAUCCCCCCCCUGCCCCCCCUCUCGGCGGCCCUGUUAACGUGCUCCCUGCCCCAGAAUUAUUGCCUCUAAAAUUGUAUAUUCUACAUCUUCGAGCGAUAAGAAGUGUCGAUUGGAAGUCUGAUCAUAAAUGCAUUUGGCGAUAUUUUUCUUUUGCCCUCUUCCCAUGCACCGUUACUUUUGUCCACGUUUAAAUAUAGUUACAGUGUUGGUCUUCAAGAAAAAUGUAUCGCAAAUCUCUUUCCUUAUACAGUCUGCUGGUCUGGUAUUAAAAAUAAUAAAAGAUCUUCUGAAGAAAUUAAAACAAAAAUAAAUUCAUUAAAAACAGUACAGUACGGUACGGUACGGUACGGUACGGUACGGUACGGUACGGUACGGUACGGUACGGUACGGUACAGUACAUUUAAAAGUGAAUGGAAUUUUCUGAAAUUUGUUUCAUUUAACAAUUCUUUGUUUUUCUUUGCAGGUGAAUUUCUUUGGUGAUCACACAAAAAUCAUUCUCAACCCAGGUGCACAUGACGAGCUCGUGACAUUUAUUAAUGAGAACCGAGAACAUUCAGACUAUAUUUUAUCCAAUAUAUUACAAUAUGGCUGCCCUCAAAAUGUUGCUACCAGAUUAGAGUAUUGCAAAAUGAUGUUGAGAAAACUAAGCGGAUUUGCUUCAGAGGAAACGUCAAUUUAGGGACACACGAUAGUACCGUGUGUAAAGUCUGUUACGUCCACUAUAACAGUGUGUAAUUGUCUGAAUUUCUACACAAUGGUAGAAUGGUACGUAGAAGGUAGAAGCAAAAGUCAAACACUGGAUAUGGCAGUAGAGUUUUAGAUCGUCAGAAAUAUUUUUAUGUAAAUACUUUCUAUUUAAUUAAACAGAUUUGUAAUAUAUUUUAUAUUUAGGUUUUUAAUAAAUAUUUUGAAGAAUAAAAACAGCAUUAUUUAUAGAGGCUUAAUAGUCUAGCUUAACUAAUCAAUAGUAGGCCUAUUAUUCAAAAGCAAUGCAUGCAUAUAAAAUGUUCUUGUUUAUUUUUUCAAAUAGUCAUUAAGGCUACGAAUAGACUACAUCGUUAUUCUUAUGAGCAAGUGC